AGCCGCUAUUGGUGGAGGCCGGCGACCGCGAAUGCUCACUUCCGGCGCGGUCCUCCACGAUUCCUUCCCUCCCCAGCCGUCGCCCUCAGCCAUCCCAUCCCCCGCCCUUCCACCAUGGCCGUCUCUCUAUGGUGUAGGAAGAAGCUGGUCCUGGGUGCCCUUCUGUAGCGCUUACUGCUUCACCCUCACCCCUGGGGGGCCGGAUCCAAAGGAGCCUCGCUCUCCAAUCUUUGGGGCACCAGCCAAGAAGGACUUCCCACCCAUCCGUUCCUUGGCCUUUUCCCGUCUCCUGGCUGCAGCCAUGGAGUUACAGAAGGGAAAGGGGGCAGCAGCAGCUGCUGCUUCGGGAGCAGCGGGAGGUGCAGGAGGAGCGGGAGCAGGAGCCCCAGGAGGGGGGAGGCUGCUACUUUCAACCAGUUUGGAUGCCAAGGAUGAGUUAGAGGAGAGAUUGGAAAGAUGUAUGAGCAUUGUCACGUCAAUGACUGCUGGUGUCUCAGAGAGAGAGGCCAAUGAUGCCCUUAAUGCCUACGUAUGCAAAGGUCCCCCCCAGCAUGAGGAAAUCUGCCUAGGUCUCUUCACCCUUGUCCUCACUGAACCUGCUCAAGCCCAGAAGUGUUACCGGGACUUGGCUCUGGUGAGUCGUGAUGGCAUGAAUAUUGUCCUGAAUAAAAUCAACCAGAUACUUAUGGAGAAAUACUUGAAGUUGCAGGACACCUGCCGUACUCAGUUGGUGUGGUUGGUUCGGGAACUAGUGAAGAGUGGGGUUCUGGGAGCCGAUGGUGUUUGCAUGACGUUCAUGAAGCAGAUUGCUGGUGGGGAUGUUACGGCAAAAAACAUCUGGUUGGCAGAAAGUGUUCUGGAUAUCCUGACGGAGCAGAGGGAGUGGGUGUUGAAGAGUAGCAUCCUCAUUGCCAUGGCCGUUUACACGUACCUCCGCCUCAUUGUCGACCACCACGGGACCGCCCAGCUUCAGGCCCUGCGGCAGAAGGAGGUGGACUUCUGCAUCUCACUGCUUCGGGAACGGUUCAUGGAAUGUUUGAUGAUUGGCCGGGACCUUGUAAGACUACUUCAGAAUGUUGCCAGGAUACCAGAAUUUGAACUGCUUUGGAAGGAUAUUAUCCAUAACCCUCAGGCCUUGAGUCCUCAGUUCACAGGUAUCCUGCAGCUUCUUCAGUCAAGGACGUCCCGAAAAUUCCUAGCAUGUCGUCUAACCCCAGACAUGGAGACUAAGCUCCUCUUCAUGACCUCCCGGGUGCGGUUUGGUCAACAAAAGCGCUACCAGGAUUGGUUCCAGCGCCAGUACCUGUCAACCCCAGACAGUCAGUCCCUGCGCUGUGACCUCAUUCGCUACAUCUGCGGGGUGGUUCACCCUUCUAAUGAAGUGCUGAGUUCAGACAUCUUGCCCCGAUGGGCCAUCAUUGGUUGGCUGCUGACAACAUGCACGUCAAAUGUUGCUGCCUCUAAUGCCAAGCUGGCUUUGUUUUAUGACUGGCUGUUCUUUAGCCCAGACAAGGAUAGCAUUAUGAACAUAGAACCAGCCAUCCUGGUUAUGCAUCACUCCAUGAAGCCCCACCCAGCCAUCACUGCCACACUCUUGGACUUCAUGUGUCGUAUCAUCCCCAACUUCUAUCCACCACUGGAGGGCCACGUGCGACAGGGUGUCUUUUCCUCCCUCAACCACAUUGUGGAGAAACGGGUCUUGGCGCAUCUGGCUCCCCUGUUUGACAACCCUAAAUUGGAUAAGGAGCUGCGGGCAAUGCUGAGGGAGAAGUUUCCUGAGUUCUGCAGCUCGCCCAGCCCACCUGUGGAAGUCAAAAUUGAAGAGCCAGUUUCCAUGGAGAUGGACAACCAUAUGUCAGACAAGGAUGAAAGUUGCUAUGACAACGCAGAGGCAGCUUUCAGUGAUGAUGAGGAGGAUCUCAACAGCAAAGGAAAGAAGAGAGAGUUUCGUUUCCACCCUAUCAAGGAGACAGUUGUGGAGGAGCCAGUUGAUAUCACCCCUUACCUUGACCAGCUGGAUGAGUCCCUAAGGGACAAAGUGCUCCAGCUACAGAAGGGCAGUGAUACAGAGGCCCAAUGUGAGGUCAUGCAGGAAAUUGUGGACCAGGUCCUAGAGGAAGACUUUGACUCAGAGCAGCUGUCUGUCCUCGCGUCCUGCCUACAGGAGCUCUUCAAGGCCCACUUCCGAGGGGAGGUGCUGCCCGAGGAGGUCACAGAGGAGUCCCUGGAGGAAUCUGUGGGGAAGCCCCUCUACCUAAUAUUUAGGAACCUAUGCCAGAUGCAGGAAGACAACAGCAGCUUCUCACUGCUUCUGGACCUUCUCUCCGAGCUGUAUCAGAAGCAGCCCAAGAUUGGCUACCACCUGCUCUACUACCUGAGGGCCAGCAAAGCUGCCGCAGGGAAGAUGAACCUGUACGAGUCGUUUGCUCAGGCCACCCAGCUGGGCGAUCUGCACACCUGCCUGAUGAUGGACAUGAAGGCCUGCCAGGAGGACGACGUGCGGCUGCUGUGCCACCUCACGCCCUCCAUCUACACGGAGUUUCCAGACGAGACCCUGCGGAGUGGGGAGUUGCUGAACAUGAUUGUGGCUGUUAUCGAUUCUGCACAGCUCCAGGAGCUGGUCUGCCAUGUGAUGAUGGGGAACCUGGUCAUGUUUCGAAAAGACUCAGUCCUCAACAUACUCAUCCAGAGCCUAGACUGGGAGACUUUUGAGCAAUACUGUGCCUGGCAGCUCUUUCUGGCCCACAACAUCCCUCUAGAGACCAUCAUCCCCAUCUUGCAGCACCUCAAAUAUAAGGAGCACCCGGAGGCCUUGUCUUGCCUCCUGCUUCAGCUCCGGAGAGAGAAGCCCAGCGAGGAGAUGGUAAAGAUGGUGCUGAGCCGGCCCUGCCACCCCGACGACCAGUUCACCACCAGCAUCCUUCGACACUGGUGCAUGAAGCACGACGAGCUGCUGGCCGAACACAUCAAGUCCCUGCUCAUCAAGAACAACAGCCUCCCACGCAAGAGGCAGAGCCUAAGAAGUUCCAGCAGCAAGCUGGCCCAGCUAACUCUGGAGCAGAUCCUGGAGCAUCUAGACAACCUGCGUCUUAACCUGACCAACACCAAGCAGAACUUUUUCAGCCAGACCCCAAUCCUCCAGGCUCUGCAGCAUGUCCAGGCGAGCUGUGAUGAAGCCCACAAGAUGAAGUUCAGUGACCUCUUCUCCCUGGCCGAGGAAUAUGAGGACUCUUCCACCAAGCCACCCAAGAGCAGGCGAAAAGCAGCUCUGUCCAGCCCCCGGAGUCGAAAGAAUGCCACACAGCCCCCUAAUGCUGAGGAGGAGUCUGGCUCCAGCAGUGCCUCGGAGGAAGAAGACACAAAACCGAAGCCCACCAAGCGGAAACGGAAGGGGUCUUCUGCAGUGGGGUCUGACAGUGACUGAGGCUCGUGCUCCCAUCCCACCCCUAGUUGGACUACCCUCCCCUCUUUGGUGAAUCAAAGGUUUAAUAGGGGCUGGGGAGAUCGUAGGGGAGACACCUUCUCCCCCAUCCCAACACUCACCUGGUGGGAAGCCUGAUGAGCUGCCAUGCAGCCCCCAGCGCCCCCUCCACUCCCUGGGGCCUCCAGCCCAUCACACUGCUGAUCCCACCAAUACUUGGGUUCCCGCUAAAGCCAGAGGCGGUACAAAACCUGGAUGGUGGAGCAAGUCCUCAGGACCCUGCCCCUCCCCCAGCCUCCCAAAGAGCUAUUUAAACCAAGAGGAGAAAUGGCAAAGGGGUAGCUGGCCAGAGAGACAAGGAGGAGAGGAAGGACUCGAGUGUGCAAGUGUCCCUUCUGAUGCCCCCUCAUGUCCCCCCUUCAGGCCUUGAUUUGCCCUGAACGGGCAUUUUAUAGUUGCUCUCCAUACACCGGAAUGAAAGGGGCACUUAAUCAGUGACAAUUUCUUGCUGCCUGUUUCUUUCCAUGGGGUAAAUGCCACAAGUGUUAAGGAAGGAACCUGACAGGGAGGCCAUAGCCCCACCUGGUGUGCCCAGGAGGCUUGUGUUGGCCUGAAGUCGGUGCCUCAGGCUGGGCCAGAGCCCCAGGGAGUGGCAGAGACACAGUCCACAGAACUGUCAAUGGGUCCCAUUUCCUUUUUUUUUCCCCCAGAGAUAAUCGUGUUUUAAAAGCUGUUUUUAAAUGACAAUAAAACAAGCCAGAACCUCUUUUGUGCCAGAGUUGCUGCCGCAGUGAGGUCUGCGCAAGCCCCCCCCCCCCCCCCCCCGCAUGUUCAGGUAGUCUCAGUGGGCACCCCUCCUGUGGCUUCAGUUUCCCUUUUCCCUUCCUGUCUUCCCCUCUUUCGUCUGAAGCAGAGGGGGCUUGGCUUUGCCCUCCUGCGUCCCCAUUAUUCCAGCUGCCACUGGCCUUCAGGCGGGGCACUGACCUGUGCUCCAGUUGAUGCUCCAAUUCCCAGUAGGGUGAGGCCUGUCCUUAACCAUCUCUCAAGAAUUAGAGACUUCCAAAAGCUAGAAUUUGUCAUACUCCAUUUACUGUGGACAAAUGCCAGCUCUGAGAGGACUAAGUGUCGGGGUCGAGGCACACCCCAGUCGGAUCCUGAAGGACACGUGCAGAGUUCAGUGACCAGGGAGGAGGCUCCCUCUUUCUUCACAGUCUGUGCAGCAGCAGGAAGAGCUCCUUGGCUGUGCCUUUGUCCCCCUGCUGUCCAGGGAGGCUGAGUGGCCAGAUGAAAAGAAGUGAAGUUCAGGCUGAUGGAGACAGCUCCAGUUCAGCCUGCAAGCUUGCCUCAGAAUCCGGGUUCUCCACUCCCUCAACGCUGCGGCUCCUCCUUUUGAAAGUCUAAACCACCCGAGACCUCCUUUCCUUCCUCUCUCCUUCCCCAGUAUUCUCUGCCCCAAUUAAAACCAGGAUGG